AUGCAGGGAGAUUGGCCAUUUGCAUUGGCCUGGGAUGAGGCAUACUGUGUUUUAUUUGAUACUCAAGUCAUCAUCCACUGCCACCAUGCUCUUGUUGCUCAUGAAAACCUCAUGACCACCGUCAGUGAUGAGUGCAUGAGUUCUAACACUGGAUCAUCUAGAGACUUUCUUAAAAAAAGAAUUUUAGCUGGUCAUAAAAUGGUAGAAGGAGGAUCGCCUGAAAAACUAGAGGAAAGAAAGAGGACAAUGCCUUUGAGUCAGCGAUCAAUCAAUUGGUUGCAUGGACUUGGGUCUUUAACCAAACUCUAUCUCGAUAACAACGACAUUUCUAAAAUUGAAAAUCUUUCUCACCUGGCAACUUUGAAACUGCUGGAUUUGUCCUUCAAUAAAAUAAAAAGCAUAGGUGGUCUUGAGACUCUAACAAACCUGGAAGAUUUGUCACUAUAUCACAACGAAAUUGAGAAAAUCACAGGCCUUGACACACUACAAAAGAUCACGUCUUUUUCUCUUGGCAAAAACAGAAUAAGGCGUCUGGAAGACGUAAUUCCGCUUCGCCGCUUAAGAAAUCUCCACGUGCUGACUCUUGAUGGAAAUCCUCUUGCUACGGAUCCCGAAUACAGGAUCUAUGUUAUUUCCCACCUGAGAGAUUUGACAUAUUUUGAUCAUAGAUAUGUAGACAGAGCUGCAGUGGUAGCCGCUAGGGAUCAAUACCAAGAUGAUAUGACAGAUUUAAAACAAAAAGAAGCUGAGGAAGAUCUUCUUAUUAAGGCAGCUGAAGAGCAUGCAACUCGACAAGCACUUUACAAAGAUGCUAACCUGCUAGGAUGUGACACCCUCUUCGAGAGAAUGAUUUCGGAAGAUGUAGAGUACCCCAAACUUAGCCAAGUUCCUGGUCUCCUAGCUUCUAUGGACGAGUAUUUCCGUCUGGUUUCUCCUCAUGUCGAUUUUGACAUUCUUGCAGAGGUUCGUUUAAACUCCAGCACAGCAGACAAAAAUCUGGCGCUUCUUAGAGAAGACAACGACAGGACUAGGGAGAAGUUGUUGGAGCUUGAAAUGUUAACAUUUGGUGAAGUUCAUUUGCUCCGUGACAAAGAUAUGAUACUCAAUGCGAUUCAAGCUUCUCACGAUGCCAGAACACUGAAGAUAGACUCACUAAUCGCUCAAGCAGCAGCAGCAGCCCAAGCCCGCGAGGAAGAUCUGGCGACUGGAGCAGGAUUGAUCAUCCUCCUGGCGGUGGAGCGAGGUGUCACAGCAUCCGGACAUGCCGCUUGA